CCGCUCCCCGAGCACCGUUCCUGGCUUCGGAGGCCGCCGGGCGGCGGGUCCGGCUGCUCGGCCUUCCAGACCCGGCUCCGCCGCUGCGCUCCCCCCCGCGCCCGCCUGCGUUGGUUCCGUCCGCGCCGGUCACGUGGGCAGAAGAUGGCGGCCUGCAGGGCGCAUCGCGAGUGAAGGCGGAACAGCCCCGGGCGGUCGGUCUGAGUGGACGCUAUGGUGACGGAGUCGGAGCUGGAGGCCAUCGGGCGCACGCUGGUGGACCCUGGGCAGCCCCUUCAGGCCCGCUUCCGGGCGCUGUUCACACUGCGCGGGCUGGGGGGCCCCGGUGCCAUCUCCUGGAUCAGCCAGGCCUUCCGGGACGACUCGGCCCUGCUCAAGCACGAGCUGGCCUACUGCCUGGGCCAGAUGCAGGAUGCCCGCGCCAUCCCCGUGCUGGUGACCGUGCUGCGAGACCAGGCGCAGGAGCCCAUGGUGCGCCAUGAGGCCGGGGAGGCCCUGGGAGCUAUCGGGGACCCCCAGGUCCUGGAGCUGCUGAAGGAAUAUUCCGCGGACCCGGUGCCAGAGGUGGCUGAGACAUGCCAGCUGGCAGUGCGGCGGCUGGAGUGGCUGCAGCAGCACGGCGGGGAGCCGGCAGCCGGGCCCUACCUGUCCGUGGACCCCGCCCCACCGGCCGAAGAGCGCAACGUGGCCCGGCUGCGGGCAACACUGCUGGACGAGGCCCUGCCGCUCUUCGACCGCUACCGUGCCAUGUUCGCCCUGCGCAAUUUGGGCGGUGAGGAGGCUGCCCUGGCGCUGGCUGAGGGUCUGCGCUGUGGCAGCGCCCUGUUUCGGCACGAGGUGGGCUAUGUGCUGGGCCAGCUGCAGCAUGAGGCAGCUAUUCCCGAGCUGGCGGCCGCCCUGGCGCGCCGGGCCGAGAACGCCAUGGUGCGGCACGAGUGCGCCGAGGCCCUGGGUGCCAUCGCGCAGCCCGCCUGCCUGGCAGCGCUGCGGGCCCACGCGGCCGACCCCGAGCGCGUGGUGCGUGAGAGCUGUGAGGUGGCCCUGGACAUGUACGAGCAUGAGCGUGGGCCGGCCUUCCAGUAUGCAGACGGGCUGGAGCGCGUGCGUGCGCACCCCUGCUAGAGGUGCCAGGGUGCUCAGCGGGUGCCCGUGCCACCCGGAGCCUCAUUGGGUGACCUGGCUGUCCACGGGCUGCUGCCCCAGUGCCAGGGGUGGACAUUGGGUGACCCAGGGGCUGUUCUGAGCAGUGGAGGGUGUUCAGGGAGGGACCAGGGUCCCAGGAAGUGGCCUGGGCUAGGGUACUGGAGCCCACAGAGGGAUCCACAGCGGCCACGGUGCUGCCCACAGGAAACAAUAAAUUAUUUUUGCGCAA